CGACUCCCCCGGCACAGACACACAGUUAGUACGGGCCUCUGCACGACGGAUGACGCUCCAGUCUCUACGGGUUAUUUUAGCUCCGGUAUCUUUCCUGCCUCCUUCACCUUUUUUCACCCCCCCAAUAUGUAUUUUGUAUCCCUUGUUGUUUCCUCCAGUAACCCAUGUCUGUGCGCAUCCCGCCUCCCUGCGCUCUCAAUAGAUGGUGCAAGUCAAAAUGUCCAAAUCGCCCGUAGACCCUCUGUCUGCUGUGGAAACCGGCUCUCAAUCGCACUAUUUCCAGCUGCCCAGGAAGUUGCCUAAACGCAAGAGCCGCUUCAAACGCUCCGAUGGCAGCACGUCCUCUGACACAACAUCCAGCUUCAUCAAACGGCAGGGGUCGGCUGAUUCGUACACCAGUAGACCGUCGGAUUCAGACCUGUCAGCAGAGGAGGACCGCGAGGCGUAUCGGCGUGAAGCCGAACGCCAGGCACAACUGCAGCUCGACAGAGCUAAGUCCAAACCUGUAGCGUUUGCAGUGAAGACGAAUGUGAGUUACUGUGGAGCUCUCGAUGAGGACUGUCCGGUCCAAGGAGCUGCAGUCAACUUUGAUGCCAAAGACUUUCUGCACAUCAAAGAAAAGUACAAUAAUGACUGGUGGAUCGGACGGCUAGUAAAAGAGGGUGCGGACAUCACCUUCAUCCCCAGCCCUCUACGACUGGAAGCGAUGAGGCUCAAACAGGAGCAGAAACAGAGGAAAACAGGGGGUAACUCCUCUAGUCUGGGCGACAUGGUGACUGGGAGCUGGAGGACCACACCGCCAUCUGCAGGUGAAUCUAAACAGAAGCAAAAACAGGAACAUGUCCCUCCCUACGACGUGGUGCCCUCUAUGAGGCCGGUGGUCCUCGUGGGACCAUCGCUGAAGGGCUACGAGGUGACGGAUAUGAUGCAGAAAGCUCUUUUUGACUUCCUGAAACACAGAUUUGAGGGAAGAAUCUCAAUCACCCGUGUAACUGCCGACCUGUCCUUAGCGAAAAGAUCUGUCCUCAACAAAAGACCCAUAAUGGAGAGAUCCAACACUCGUUCCAGUCUAGCGGAGGUUCAGAGUGAAAUCGAGAGGAUAUUUGAGCUCGCCAAAACCCUGCAGCUGGUGGUUCUGGAUGCGGACACCAUCAAUCAUCCCGCACAGCUAGCCAAAACCUCCCUUGCACCCAUCAUUGUCUAUGUGAAAGUUUCCUCACCAAAGGUGCUCCAGAGGCUGAUCAAAUCCAGGGGGAAGUCUCAGAGCAAGCACCUGAAUGUGCAGAUGAUGGCUGCAGACAAACUCUCUCAGUGCCCCCCUGAUAUGUUUGAUGUCAUUUUGGAUGAGAACCAGCUGGAAGAUGCUUGUGAACAUUUGUCUGAAUACCUGGACGUUUACUGGCGUGCCACUCAUCUCCCAGGCACCACCCCUCUCAAUCCCUUAUUGGAGCAGAGUCUGAUGACUCCGCCUUCUGCCAUCUCGAGCCUACAGAACCAGAACAAGAACCAGUCGCAGCCUCGUGAGGCGGUGGGCUUGGAGGGCGACGAGGAGGAGGAGGUGGGCGAGGAGGCUCACUCCCCCUUGGAGCAGGACAGUCUAAUGCCGUCUGAUGAGGCCAGUGACUCCCUGUCUCGCGGCCGGAGGGGGAGCCCGUGCCACAGGGGGGGUGAGGAGGAGGAGGAUGAAGAAGAGGAGGAAGAAGAAGAAGAAGAAGAGGAGGAAGAGGAGGAUGAGUAUGCUUCUCCGUGCCAUGCUCGCACAUACAGGGACAUGUACCCCCCUCACCGUGGGCACACAGGCAGUGCCCACAGUGCCAACGGGCACGAGUCACAGGACAGGCUGCUCCAACGCGAAGCUCAGCAAGGUCACAACCAGAGGAACAACCGCCAGCGCAGCCGCCCCUGGCCCCGAGACACCUACUGAGGAACAAGAGCCCCCCACUGGCCUCCAGAUCAGCACCUAGACCCCCCCCCCGAGCCCUCCAACUGUCUCCAUAAACACGAUUUAAAGAUGAAACAGCUUUCCCGAAAUCAGCUCCAAACUGUAACGCCAAUCAGAAACAAACAGAAACAGAUUUAUUAAAUCCACAAGUGUUUAGUAUUUACAAUCACUCUCUUCCAGACUCCCAGUUUUACUUUAUCUAAACCGAGGGGAUGUAACGACCUCUCCAGGGUCAGAUCAUUCAGAUUGUCAACAGGGCUACUCAAAUCUGCAAUGGAAAGGUUUCAGGCUACCAGCUGUACGCAAACUUUAGCUGCUUUGCCGAAGGUUUCUCUAUUGUAGGAUGUCUCAUAUACUGGCCUUAAAAUUCCUAAGACUUUUAAAUAUCUUUACUAUUGCAUGUAUGAAUAUAAUUAUUUUAAGACUAUUUGCACAUUAACGUCAGAACAGGAACUGAAUGAUCUUUACGGAUAAACUAAUGUAGGAAUGUCUACUGUUGAAUCCAUUUAUGGGAAAUAGUAAUGCAUUUGAUUACAAUGUAUAUACCGAAUGGGCACCUGGUUUUGUUUCAUUGCUACUUUAUUUAUUUGUUUGAUCGAUUUAUGUUCAUACGGACUCGUUUGUUGUUUCAGAGAAAUGUUUCCACCCAUGUGUUCGGUCAGUUUACACUCUGAAGACGGUGAAUGGCAUUAGGGAGACACACAUACGAUUUAUCAGCCUCUAAACGGUCACAAUAUGAGUGUAAGCGAUAUGUAUGGGAUUAGAUUUUUUUUUCAUGAUAGCCGAAAAAAGUCAAGAAUCAAACUACAAAAAUUAAUAAAUUGAAAGUGAAUAAAAAUCAUUUCAAAACGGAAAAAAUCACCUCAAAGACAAAACUUAUAAUUAAAUUACACAAAAGUGCUACAAUUAACUACAAUAUUCUCAAUUUUUCUUUCACUGAUCAGGAUUUCUCUUUUGAUGUCACUUUUUUUAGUUUUGUACCACUUGUUGCAUUUCCAGACUGUUGACCUGUCCCUCCAAAAAGUAACUGGCCAAUGUGGACGCAGAAGCCCUCUAAUACCCGCCCAUUAGAGCUGCAUCGAGUAGUCGAUUAAUCGAUCGACAAAAUUAAUCGCCUACUAUUUGUUUUCUUUCGAUCAACUAAUUGAUUAAAUGACUUAAUGGCUGCAGCUCUACCAAAGAGCAAACUUCAGGCACUCGCUUAGAGGGGCAGGUAUAAUAAAACAACUCAAAAAUACAUAACAGCAGGUAACUCAAAUGAAAAACAUGCUGUACAUGAGUUAUUUUUCUGAUUGACACUCAUUAUCUCCCACCUGUUGUCCUAAAUAUUGAGAAAAUAAUUGUCAGAUUAAUCGACAAUGAGAUUAAUCGUUUGUUUCAGCUCUAGCACCCACACAAGAGCUUUGUGUCAGAACUGAAAAAUUCAACAGCAAAACUGAAGAAAGUGAAAGAAAAGUGGAGAUUAUUGUAAUCUAAAAAAUUUUUUUGAAGCCUUUGAUGUUGUUUUUGGUUCCAAAUUAUUUUCAUUCACUUUCAAUUCAAUUUUUUGUUUCUAUUUGGAUUUUGGGGGAUUUUGUUAAAUUAUUAUGAAACAAAUCUAAUCCCAUCAUAUGAAGCUGCAGUACAUUCUGGGCAUCACUUGUCUUUGCUGUUGCACAAUCACUCUCUAAACACCUCUAAGAAUCUUUAAAAAAAAAAAAAAAACAGGCACAGAGAAUGUAAACACAACUAAGAAAGGGAACUUUUAAAGGACGAAUUAUAUUUGCCAAACUGUUUGUUUACAUCGACUCAUUCACAUAUAUCAAGCACAUGCUGCACCGCGGCAGCUCCUCUUCAAAUCCAGGCUUCAGAGAAUGUAAGCUUGCAUGCCUUUGCACCUCCAGCACCGCCUGGUGUCUCCCAACCCAACCGAUUACCCUGUAAUUCGAUUGUAGCACGUUAUUGAUUGUAGCAUCCACAGUUUCUACACUAAUCUCAGCCCCUUGUAUGUCAAGCAUUCAGUUCAGUUUGUGUACUGCAGUUUAACAGUUGAGCACUGAUUAGUUGUUUUUUUUUUUUUUUUUAACAAAGGCAGAUCCUCAGGUGUCCCUUUGAGGGUGAGUCCUAAACUCUGUUUCCACCAAAAGUUCCAGAUACUUUAGAACCGAUCCCAGGACUAAACUUGGAACUUUUAAGUCCCUGUAGUGCAGUCCUGUUGGCGUUUCCACCGCAUCUGAGGAACCGUGUUGGUCAUGCAAAUUACACCCAUAAGGAGUUUUAAAAUGAUGGCAGCAUUUGAGACACAGUAUUAACACAUGAGGAAACAACGACACAGAUUUGUCCUGUUGUUCUUUGUAUUUACUGCUGCAUGAGUUGGAUGUAAUGAAUGAAUGAAGAG